CUAGUACCUUAAAUCUGGAUCAUUGAUCAUUCCCCAAACACAAAGCAAUGGGGCUUGGGCUCUCUAUAAAAGUAUGUACUAAUUAAUUCAUAUCUUCAUUAAUGCAGUGCUUAUGAAACUCUUGCAACAUAAGUAAUUGACACAAUGCACAAUAACGACAACACUUGCGCUAAUCAGCUAAUACAAGCUGAAGCUCAAAGUUGGGACUACCUUUUGAGUUACGUCCGUCCUUCAUGUAUAAAAUGCGCAAUCGAAUUAGGAAUUCCCGAUAUCCUUCACAAAAAUGCCAAUCCCAUCAUGUCUCUUCCUGACCUUGUUGCUGCGUUGCCAAAUUUGAACCCUUCUAAGUCUUCCUUUAUCCCUAUUCUAAUGCGAAUUUUAGGUCAUUGUGGCCUUUUCAAUUACCACCAACAAGAAGGAGACGGCUAUUCACUCACUAGUGUUGGCCGUCUCCUUGCUGAAAAUGACCCCUCUAGCAGGAGGUCAUUUUUCCUUUUCUCUCAAAAUCCUGUCAGGCAGAACACGGCUGCUUCCGUGAGCGAUUGGUUACGCGAUGAUUUUCCCACUGCCUUUGAAACGGCAAAUGGGAAAUCCCCUUGGGAUUAUUGCGCUGAAGACCUAAAGUUUAGAAGUAUUUUCGAUGUUGCAAUGGCUAGUGAUUCGAGAUUAUUGGUUUCAAAUCUGUUGAUUUCUAAUCAAUGUAAGCGUGUUUUUGAGGGCUUGACGUCAUUGGUGGACGUUGGGGGUGGCACUGGCACAGUGGUCAUGGCCAUUGCCGAUGCUUUUCCAAGCUUGAAGUGCAUUGAGCUUGAUCUACCUCAUGUCAUAGGCGAUCGACAGGGAACGGGAAACUUGGAAUUUGUCGCUGGGAGUAUGUUUGAAAAAAUUCCUCAAGCUAAUGCCAUCUUACUCAAGUGGAUUUUGCAUAAUUGGAGUGAUCAAGAUUGUGUGAAUUUACUGAAGAAAUACAAAGAGUCGAUAUUAAAUAAGGAGAAAGGGGGAGUGAUCAUCAUAGACAUUGUAAUGGAGGAUAAUUCUAGCAAUGAGCAGCUUGUUCAAGCGCAACACUUGAUAGACUUUAUCAUGAGGAUUACUUAUGCUUCCAACGAGAGAACUAAGAAGGAAUGAAAACUCUUCCUAGAUGCUGGUAUUAGUGAGUACAAAAUAAUAACCUCUCUUGGCUUGAGGUCUCUAAUUGAAAUCUAUCCUAAAACAAGACAUGGUUAUGGAUAUAUAUCCUUUAUUUAACAAAUAAGAUGGAUC